UCUCCCUGCAGAGGAGCUUGUGAGUCAGGCACUUAUACUGGGAAGCUCAUCUUGCCUGCUUCGUGCCGUGGUGCACUCGCCGUGCAGUUGAGGGCAGCAUGAACAGCUUGAUUUCUACGACACGUGUUCUGAAGAGCUUAAGCACUUGUAGGAUCUUUUGGAUAAAGUAUGCAUCACCUGAGCUGUAUGGAGCAUGGAAUGUGAGAGCGGCCAAAAGGAACCUUUAUCUGAAACUCAACGUCAUUGAGCUCAAAUCCCAAAGACACUGUGAGUUGCUGGCAGUGCAGCAAAAACCUCUGCUUGUAGGUGUGCGAUGUAAAAGCAGCAAAAGCUCAAAGAAGGGCAAAAGACGAAUGUUACAAGAGGAAUCGGAUGAAGAAGAGGAUGAUCCUGAGAAAAGUGACUAUGAGGAUGAAGUGGCGGAGGAGGAAGAUGAUGACACCCAGCCGAAAGCUUACAAAGAUCUUGAGAAAGUAGUAUCAUCUUUCAGAUUCGACCUCAUCAUGAAAGCUGGUCUGGAUAUAGCGAGGAACAAAGUAGAAGAUUCCUUUUAUAGCAACAAGCUGAGACUGAACGGAGAGAAGUUACUGAAGAAAAGUAAAGUGGUGAAAGAGGGUGAUGUUCUGGAUCAUCUGAUUGGGGAGGAUAAGGAAGCUGAAACCGUAACUGUCAUGAGGGUGAUGGUUCGGAAAAUUGCUGAGGAUAAAACGAAUACAGAGAAACACAGAGUGAUCUUGAGACGCUGGAAAAACCUGCAGCUGCCCAGAGCAGAAGUGUUCAAAUAAGAUUACAGUGUCCAGCUGGAGGAGGGCUGAUGCAGUCUGACUGGGAGAUGAGAUGCUGUCACUGAUCAAACACAAAGCUCCAACAUCACAGCAAUUGACGUGGCAGCUUUUCUCACUGUUUGUCAUGACAGCAUGAGACAUUGACAGCAGUUUGCAUUUAUGUCGUGUUCGUCACACAAUGAACAUUUCGAAAUGUUUCACAACGGGACACAUUGAUAGCAGAAAGUAAAGGAAGGCGUUCUGCUCACGAGCUAAAGGAGAAACCAGAGAGGUUAUUUUUCGAAAGGCUUUUCAAAGAUCACAAAGGAGGUUUUGGAAGAGAAUUCCAGCAAUCAAAUAAUCUGAAAGAUCAGCCUCAGGUGGUGGUGUGGAGGGAAUGUCGGGCAAAAAUAGUAAGCUGGAGACUGAACGAGCUGGGGUGGGAGCCGGUUAGGGUGAGGGAAGGUCAGCCGGAUGAAGCAAGGCCUUAGUGCUGUUUGUAAAUAAGAGCCAGGAUCUUGAAAGGCAGCUGAGCUGGAGGGACCAGGGAGAGUAAUUGUGCUGCACUUUGGAUGAGAAUGUGAACUGCUGAAUCUUUGCUUUGUUCAAAUUUGAAUGAAUAGAGGGGCAGAUGAGAAGCAUGAACAAUUGAGAGUGCAGAAACAGGCUAUUCAGCCCAUCAUGACUGUGCAGUGCUUUUCCCCAUUUGUUAUUUCAUCUAAACUCACCCUAAUACAGCAAUCAUUUUGUUAACUGGAACUUAUGGGACCAGAAGUGUGCCACUUGAUCAAGUGGUCCAUACAAUCAAUUAAAAACACACAUUAAGUAAUAGAAGUGUACUGUAGGGGGUAUGCACAUCACUGUUAUACUUUAUUUACAGCGUAAGUCACUUAAAUAACAAUGUAACUUUAUCUUAAAUAAAACUUAUUGGCAGACAGCCUUCUCACUCACACCCUCAACUGAUUACUUGGACAUUGCAGAGAUUGUGAUAAUGUAGUAAACUCUGUGGUAUUUGAGGUAUAUCAUUUUUUGCUGGUUUAGUGAGAGUGCUGGUUCGUAAGGUACGGGUUAAAUCAAAGUUUGCUGUAUAUUUUUAAUGUUGCUGUUUAUCAGCAAUAUUCCCUUUUAAAUGUAUUUAUGGAUUAAAUUUACAACAUUUUCUUGCAUAAAAUUCCAAAUGCCAGCUACCUGGUGUAUGGAUGAAAAAUCGUUUCAGGACAUCCACUUUCGUCCUUUUCGAACACUGAAAAUGUGAGUCUCAUCUUCAGCUCUAUUUCUGUCUUAUAAUGUUAUCACUAUUUAUGCUAUUACAGACCUUCAAGAACACGAAGAUUCCUAUCAGACUGUUCCAUAAUCUCCUAAAACCAACCUUAGCCUUUAGCAUCUCUCUUUGUAACUUUGAUCCCUGGUGAUGUACCACAAUGAUCUUUAACAUAAUACAGUGAUGGGAUGGAAUAUUGGCAGUAAUUGGGAGAGUUGGGCUUUUUCUCCUGCACCUACUGUCUGACCUAAUCCCAGCAUGCACUGUUGCUGCAGUUUACUCAUCACCCAAGCUCAAGAAAACCUUUUGGCUUACAGCAGAUGGACACAUUCCUUUGGCAGCUAUUUCAAUACAUUUAUAUUAAGUUGAUGGAUGCCUUGGUUAAAGUAACAGAAAAAUAUAGGAGUGAGUUAAGCACCUGACAACAUUUUUUUUCAGCUGCAGUCAUUUCUUGACCAUUCGAUACUGUGGUGUCUGUCAGUGAUUUGACUGUCACUCCUGCCUGCUGCUAGUUGGAACAUGGAUGGACAACAGCAGUCCAGGGGCGUUUUCUCUCAGAGGUUGUUACCUCUGCUGCAGGCCAGCAGCCAGCCUUGAGUCAGUCAGCAGCUCUCCCAAAACAAGAUGGACAGGCAGUGUGCUGUAUGGGGAAUCCUGGGUGCCUGACAUCUAGGCUACAGUGCAUUUCCCAGGCACCUGUUUUAGCAUUUUACGGGCGCUCAUUGUACUGAUAAAAGCAAGAGCGCUUUGUGUCAUAAUUAUUAAAUUGUUAACUCCAAGACUUCAAUUGAAGUCAAUUGAAUUCAGUUCUUCAGCUGAAAGCAUUCCCAGGGCUCUAAUUAGAAUGAUCUAUGUCAGCUAGUAUAGCAAGGAUUUGCAUUUCCAUCCCAAACUCCCCCAGGGCAGCCUCGCUGAUCUCUUGGAGAUCACAGGGCAACCGAGUCCCAGUUUGUCUCUCCUGAAUUACUCUUGAUGUUUCAGGCACUGUUUGAUUUCCCCUUGGUCACAUUGUUAAAUACUGAUUGCAGGGCAGCACUCUAACAUGAGACAUGGAGGCAGUGUUGUCAUCUUGAGCAGUACCAAGGCUAUAAUCUCACGGUAGGUUUCAAAUAACUAAAUAAACCAGGAUAAAUCCUUAAGAUUUUAGGAUCAUUCCCAGCACAUCGAGGGCUGAAAGGCAUGUUGUGCACUAAUGUUCUAUGUACAACGUUGAAAUUAUUUCGGUCUCACCCAAAAUGUGUACCCACUCUUUCCCCACCAUGUUUGGUAUCUUUCAGUUCUGGUACAAUUUUAGCUAUAAUUAAGUGAGUUUCUUGCACCACAUCUUGUACAGGUUUCUUGUGGACAAAGCAUUUAACUAAUUAAACUCAUCAACAUGACAUUUGACAUUUUGGGGGCUAGAGACUGUGUGAGGUGCAGUUUCACCUGACAGUGGAUCACAAAGUGAUCCAGGACACUGGAUCUUUGCUGCUAUGGGAUUCGGCCACAUUUCAACACAAAAGCACGCACCUUAAAAAUAUUUAAGGUGCACUCUUUUCUUUCAGCCAUUUGAAAAUUGUGAGAAACUCCAAAAAUAUUGUACUGGCACAGGAAUCAACAUAUCCAUCUUUACCCUGUACUGUACCUUUGAAACAAUGCUUUUUUUGAAAAAAAAGUUAAUAACUCCUGUAAUUCACCCAGGUGUAGACUUCACUAAUGAAGAGCACAUGCACCUUGUUGCCAUUAAAUGCCAGGCCCGUGCAGUUCACCUGCAGGAUCAGUUAUUGUGCUGUAGACCUGAUAAGAUAGCAUACCCUGUGACCAAAGAUUAUGGAGCAAAAUGGGUAAUUGGAUCUUAAGUACAGGUUAAAUGUGAUCUGAUAGGAUCUGUUUGGAGAACUGAAUAGCAUUCUUCUGUAACCAAGGUGUAAUCUGCCAUAUGUCAGAGUGUAGUGCACCUCCAGUAAACUCUAGGCACUACACUUUGUUACACUUGUAAAGCUAUAUUUUUAAAGCAACAAAAAGCCAAUUGAUCUGGAGCCUAAGGAUAACAAGUAUUUCCAACUGAUCUCAACAGAUGUUUCAAGCUCCCUCUAUUAAGAGCAGAAAUUUUUAAAAAGCUGCAGAAUUCUUGUGAUCAGUGAUAUAUUUUGCAGACUAAUGUGCUGUAUGUUCUUGAUACAGAGGAAUUUGUUCUAUGGUGAGAUGCUACAUAUUAGCUAAUAAUUAUCACAACUGCAAACAGUGCAGUGCUGACAAAUUCUAACAUACAGUAGUGAACACAAUAUCACUAUGUUAUGGUUCCUUACCUCUGAAGUGUUUAUUCUUGAUGUAUGUCAUUAUAGAAAUAAAGAUUAUUUUUAACACCUA